CCAUGUGACUUGAGAAAGUGCAGCUUCUUUAUUUUAUGGCAGCGCUCCGUCAGGCCUGUGGAAGCUAUGGGAGGUUGAAUUCAGCCGUAGCUCCGUGCAGCACAUCCUGGAAGAGAGUCUGUACCGCGAGAAAACUGCACAGUCUUCUUACGCGUCCUAUCGGUAGAGAUGUUAGAAAUUGUGUGGAAGUCAAGAAGACCAACUUCAGGUCUAUAUCGUUUUCUUCCCGGUCGUCUCCCUCGGAGUUCAGCCUGUCUGCAUGCAUCGGAGAGAGUGAGAUAAAGUUUUCCAGUGGGAAAAGUGGCUCUGUUAGCUGAUGGAGCUGCAGUGGUGCAGAGUGGCAGCACGUGUCUCCUAGUGACUGCAGUUAGCUCCAAGGUCCCUGCACCCUCCUCACAAGGCAUCCCACUGCAGGUGGAAUACAGAGAGAGGGCAGCAGCUGCAGGGAGAAUACCUCACAACUUCCUCAAGAGAGAGCUGAGGAUGUCAGAGAGAGAGAUCCUGGUCAGCAGGUUCAUCGAUAGAUCAAUUCGACCGUUCUUUCCCAAGGGCUUUUCCUAUGAUACCCAGGUGAUCUGCAGCAUGCUGGCGGUGGACGGUAGACAUGACCCUGAGGUUCUGGCCAUCAAUGGAGCUACUGCUGCUCUCUGUCUCUCUGACAUUCCCUGGAAUGGUCCAGUCGGUGCUGUGCGUGUUGGACUGAUUGACGGCAAGUUCUGCCUCAACCCAACUGCUAGAGAGUUGUCCGGUAGUUCCCUUGAUCUUAUUGUGACAUCUACCGAGAGGAAUAUUGUGAUGGUGGAAGGAGUGGGUAGAGAGGUGGCAGAGGACACAUUCUGUGAGGCUGUCCUCUUUGCCCAUGAGGAGGUCCAGCCCCUGUUGGCUACUCUGAAACAACUGAAGGAGGAGAGAGGGAAAGCUCCACGAACUGUCAAUCUCCAGACACCCUCUCCUGAGCUGGAGGAGUUUAUAUCCAGUGAGUGCAGGGAAGGUAUUCGGAGUAUUCUGAGUGACUUCUCCCACAAGAAGUUGUCCAGAGACUCUGCCCUGAGAACCCUCCUGUCCACAGCCUCAGAGAAACUCUCCCUCCGUCGAGAUAGCGACGGUUCCCGCCCCCCCUCGCCCCCUAAUUCCUCGCUCGUUACCUCGACAUUCUGGUCCCUGUGUGGACAACAGCUUCAGUCCUUGGCUCUUGAUGGUGGCCUCAGAUGUGAUGGUCGGGGGUUGGAUGGCCUGCGUCCCAUCUCCUGUGAGGUGGACCUCCUGCCCACACUGCAUGGAUCAGCCCUCUUCAAGAGGGGGAGACUCAGGUGUUCUGUACUGUGACAUUUGAUUCCCCAGAGUCAGCAUCCCAGGCUGACCUCAUCUCCAUGAUCCUCGGAGCACAAAAGUACAAGCGCUUCAUGAUACACUACGAGUUCCCGCCAUUCUCCACUAAUGAAGUUGGGAGAUUUCUCCAGACUGGCAGGAGAGAGAUUGGACAUGGAACCCUGGCAGAGAAGGCAUUUCUCCCUGUCCUUCCUCCUCAGUUCCCGUUCACAAUCAGAGUCACCUCACAGGUCCUGGACUCCAAUGGUACAUCACGCUCUUUACUGUUCUUUCUUGUACUCUGAUCUCUCU